AUGGUAAAGUGCAAAUUCAUUUAUAAGCAGUAUGAUAACUCUAGCUAUGCAAUUCAAGAGGCAUUUAAAGGUCUCAAUUUCACAUGGGAUGAUGAGUCCACCACUUUGAUCAAACCCAAAUUCUUCUGCAACCUUUUCCAACAAAACCUUGAACAACGUGUGGCUAAGGGGGCUUUCUCUUUUUGUUAUGGCUCCUGUGUUUCUGUGUUUUGUUCUGUUGGUUGGGUUAGGCAAAUUUGCCUUGUACAUUUUAUCCUUCAUCCAGUACACCUAGUACUGAUUAUAUAUAAUACUAUCUAUUUUUGCUGUGCAAAAAAAAAAAAGGAUGGUGAGGAGAAGCAUAUCAAAGUCCCUGUUGGAAUGUCUAUGUUAGAAGCUGCUCAUGAAAAUGACAUUGAACUAGAAGGUAAAAGCUUUGAUUUUAGAUUGUCGUCCCUUUGCCAUGUUAUAGUCAUGGACGUUGAACAAUACAGUAAACUGGAAGAUCCAACUGAUGAGGAAAAUGACAUGUUGGAUCUAGCUUUUGGGCUUACUGAAACAUCACGUUUGGGUUGCCAAUUAACAAUUAUAAAACCUGAAUGUGACGGAAUUCGUUUAGCUAUUCCUGCUGCCACUCAAAACUUCGCCAUUGAUGGCUAUGUGCCAAAAUCACACUAG